AUGACUUACCGAACCUUCACUUUCCCACAAUUCCCAGCUUACACGGUAUUUGCUGGCUACUAUACAGAUGUAGCGCUGGAGACGCUAAAGGAGGUAAAGUCACAACUUGUCAGUGGGAACAAAGACUAUGACUACUGUUUUGUCAGUACUACUCAUCUCAUUUCCAUAGACCAGCUCUGCUGCAGUCUACACCGGUCGCUUCAGAACCGUGAAUUAAGCAGAAUGAAGGCCAAGACGAUCAAUACUGAGAUUUUGUAUAACCUUUCGCCUACGAAUAACAUCAACGAAGCUUUGAAGCGUUUUGGUGUGGAUGAGGGUCGUCUGGAUGUGAUUGUGCUUAAGGUGCUAGGCACAUCAGAUGCAGAGGAAUCUAGCUUACAGGCUAUCAAUGAGACUUUACAGUCUCUUCUAAAGGGCAAGGCUGAUGCAGAGCUUUCAGAUUCUACUUUGGCCCAACAGGUUGAUCUUAAGAAGUUUCUCAAGCUUUUCAAGAUCCAACAGUCUGACGAAAGUGUUGAGGACGCUCAAGUUCGUUAUGCUAGUGAUGCGGUAGCAUCGAGUCUAUUGAGGGGAUGCUGA